UUUAAUUUGACAUUUGUCUUUAAACAUGGUGGUUGCAAUGCAGAAAUCUAUGCAAUGUAUGGUAGUAGGUGAUGGAUUCGUUGGGAAAUCCUGCAUGGUGCAGAAAAUGGCCAGUGGUCAGUUUCACAAGGAAUACAUUGCCACUUUGAAGGACCACUAUAACACAAGCUUGUUUAUCAACGGUGACCGUUAUGACAUUAACAUCACCGACAUUGCUGGAGAGCACGAAGAUCUGUCAUCUCUGAAAAUUCCCGACAUCUUCAUUGUAUGUUUUAGUUUGGUCGACAGAGAUUCGCUAGACAGUGUAGAAGACUUCUGGAUACCUAGAAUAGAAGCACUGGGAAAGAGCAUUCCGAUAAUUCUUGUGGGAACACAGAUGGAUCUGCGAAAAUCUCUGAAAAAAGGACACGUCAAAACUGAACAGGGUCAGAAACUGGCCAAAAAACUGGGAGUCGAUUAUUAUGUGGAAUGUUCAGCGAAAGAAAAUCAUGGGAUUUUGGAAAUUUUUCAAAAGGCUCUACUGGCUAAAGUGAGAAGUGACAAGAGGAAAUUAAAUUUAAUCAAGCGAAUGCUUAAUAGAUGAACAUUAGAACUGUUUCUCGAGGAAGUGAACCGUGUGUCACUAUUGAAAAAAACAAAAUUGUUGUAGAGCCAAUAAUUCCAAGGUAUUCAGGAAGGCAGUGGUUGCAAAAUCCCCGUAUUUUGUCAUCAUUGGUAAGAAAAACGAGUAUUUUGAAAGAAUUACGUUAUCUUCGUCUUGAAUGUUUGAAGGGAAUGUGAAAGUUCAGUAAGCUGAAGAUAAGACUGGUGUUGUGUCAGUGUUUGAUCUGCGCAGAAACUUUCAACGAAAGCAUUUGACAGUGUUUAAAUUCCACACGAUAUGAAAACUGCCAUUUCAGCAGCAAUACAUAUGUAAUGAAAUUGAAUGUUAAAUUGAUAAAAAUAAAGCUUGAGAUAAUAUAA